AUGAUGAGCUGCAUCAGGAGAACUAGUGCAAUGAGUCUUGUUGUAGUUAUCUUGCUCAUCGUCUCCUUGCUCACUAUUCACCUCCCCACCGCCUGUGCUCGCCAAGUUGUCGUGCUAAACCCAAACAAUAAUGGACUGGACAACAGAGGAAAUGAGAACCUCGGCGAGGCGUUGGCGUCCACCGACGACGAUGAUUUAGCUGCCAGCAAGGUACUCCCAGGGCCAGGGCGGAAGCUCGGUGCGCCGAACAAGGAGGGAACCAAAGCCACCGAGGGAGCGACAACGACGACGACUUCCGCAGGCUCACGGCCGCGGACGGUGAAGAUGCGCGCGGCUGCGAAGCACGGCGACGCGGUCACCGAGAUGUACGACAUGCUCAGGAGGGACUACGCGUCCAGGGCGAGCCGCCGCCGGCCGAUCAACAACGGCGCCACGCCGCUGCAGGUGAAUAAGAAGCCCUAG